UCCAAACCGAAAUGAACCACAUUCUACGCCCACUUUUGGAUGAGUGUGUGUUGGUGUAUCUUGACGACAUUCUCAUCUACACGCGUGAUAUGAAGCAGCACGUCGAACAACUGCGACGCGUCUUCGACAUUCUUCGAUGGGAAUGCUUCUACAUAAAAUUAUCCAAGAGCGAAUUCACCCUCAAGAAGGUCCAAUUUCUAGGACACAUGGUGAGCGCUCAAGGAGUCCACGGCGACCCCAAGAAGAUCGAAGUCGUACGCACGUGGAAGACACCCGAGAACGUGAAGGAGUUGCAGCAGUUCCUAGGCUUCGCUAACAAUUACAACAGAUUCGUGCCACAGUACGCACAAAUUGCCGCACCACUCACGAAUCUGAUGAAGAACAUGCCCUAUCAAUGGGAAUCAAAACAUCAGGAAGCAAUGGAGCAGCUAAAACAGGCACAUACAUCCGCACCUGUACUCAUUUUGCCAGACCCUGAACGCGACUACAACAUCGAAGCUGACGCCAAUGACCAGGCAGUGGGAGCAGUCUUGAUGCAAGACCAGGGGAAUGGACUACAACCAAUCGCCUAACCCAGCAAGAAACUGCACUGGGCAGA